GCCGCAGCUGCCGGAAAACAGGCGACGCCGCCGCGACCGGACGUCGGCUCUCGCUGGAAACUCCCGUGAUCUUGCAGGGAUAAAGUAUGGCGAUGAAUCAUUUGAGGUCAUUGAGAGGCAUUGUCAAUGUGAAGGAAGCGAUUGGUAUAGUUGGUCGAAGGACAUUUGCUGCCACGGGUGGUAAAGCAAAGAAGGGUUCUAAAGGUGGUGCAGCUGGUGAUGCAGCAAAAGCAUCAUCACUCAGCAAAGAAGUCAAAUCUACGACGGUGGUUGGUGCAAAUAUCCUCAAGGAUGGAGCAGAUCCCAAGGUCAUACAGGACUCUGAAUAUCCUGACUGGUUGUGGCACCUGCUUGAUAAAAAGGCCGCUUUGAGCGAGCUACGGAGAAAGAACAUCGAAACUCUUCCAUAUGAAGACCUGAAACGCUUUGUUAAACUAGACAACCGAGCGAGGAUCAAGGAGAACAAUUCUCUCAAGGCCAAGAACUAGUGAAAGAUCUAUUGAGUCGUCAUUCAUGCUACAGAAAUUAUGAGGCACCUGGGUAUCCAAGAUUUCACCUUGUGGUCAAUGAGCAUGAGUGAAGAGGAGAUGAUAAACACAGGAUGAGAUAAAGAAUGAGAGUUAUAUUAUUUCCUUUUGAUCUCGGUACAUUCCUUUCCUUUUACUUCUCUUCUGCGAAUGGUUGUCUUCCUAGGUUUGGAAUGCCAGAAAUCUCAUUUUGUGUCUUAAUUCAGUUUCAGCGUUAACCGGUUCAUGUGCCUUGUUGAAGAAUACUUCUUCCUAGUGAGGCUAUUGUGAUGUGCUGUUCUUCAUGAUACAUAUGUUUAUUGCUUUUGGGGGAUAAUGAUGUUGGUCAACAAAUCUGAAAUAUUUAUUCCAGGGAGAAUGCUUUU